AUGGCGAUAGUUGGGGGUAAAGAGCAUCAUGUCGACCCUCGCCUGGCGAAUAUCGCCCAGGAUGACACUAAGAAAUGGCAUCAAAAGCCAAAUUUACGAGCAUUAUACCUUAUACUAAUUCCUUGUGCAUUGGGGGUCGAAUGGACCUCGGGUUUUGACUCCUCGAUGAUGAAUUCUUUACAGGCUGUAUCGUCUUGGGUCGAUGAUUUUGAUAAUCCCACGGAGGGUAAACUUGGUCUCUUGAAUGCUAUGUAUUCUCUUGGAGCUCUAAUGGCAAUCCCUUUCGUUCCUUCCGUAUCACAAUACCUUGGCCGCCGUUGGUCUAUUGUGAUAGGAUCGUGGAUCCUAUGUAUGGGUGCUGGGCUUCAGGCAGGAUCACGGAAUAGUGACAUGUUUCUCGCCUCACGUUGGGUCCUAGGAUUCGGCAUACCCUUCGCUAUCGUAAAUGCUUCCUCGCUCGUCGGAGAGCUAUCUUACGAACGAGAAAGGCCUACUAUGACCUCUUUGUUCAGCGCAUCCUGGCACGUCGGGGCCAUCGUUGCCGCGGGUGUUACAUACGGAACAUUUCAAAUGGACAGCACCUGGGCCUGGAGGUUACCGUCUCUCUUGCAGCUAGUGCCUAGUUUGUGCCAGAUAUGUUUUAUGCCAUUUUGCCCCGAGAGCCCUCGGUUUCUAAUUUCGACUGAUCGCGCCGAUGAAGCGUACGCUAUUCUCCAGAGGUACCACGGCGAGGGCGACAACGGUAGGGAAUUUGUUCGCCUCGAGUUUGCGCAGAUUCAGAGUACUAUUGCGCAGGAGAAGGAGACCGCCAAGGCUUUCGUUUGGGCUGACGUGUAUCGCGAUCCCCCGAUGAGACGCCGAUUUCUCCUUGCUGGAAUAGUCGGUUUCUUUACCCAGUGGAGUGGCAACGGACUUAUUAGCUUUUACAGGUGCAAGAUCUUGAAUCUCGUCGGCAUCACGGAGAAUCGAACUGUACAAAAGGUCAUCCUGAGCAACACGUGUUGGGGGUUGAUAAAUGCUGUUCCGAUCGCUAUAAUAGCACCCCGAUUUCGUCGCCGUAGCAUGUUCCUAACUUGCACUAUUGGCACUGCGGUCGUCUACACGGUGUGGACUAUAGCUUCAGCACGAUUCGCCCUCGAAAACACGGCGGCGGCUGCAAUCCCAGUCCUGGUUUUCAUCUUCGUCUACUCUCCUUUUUAUAACAUCGGAUGGAAUUCGUUGGUGUACACGUAUAUGGUGGAGAUAUUUCCAUACCAGCAGCGAGCUAAAGGUAUCGCGGUUCAGCAGUUAACUGUUCGCUUCGCCGUCUUCUUCAACACAUAUGUAAAUCCGAUAGCACUGGACCGCAUCGGAUGGAAGUAUUACUUAGUUUAUUGUGUGUGGAUUGUGGUUGAAAUCGGGACGGUAUACCUGCUAUUUCCAGAGACGCAUAACAGAACACUGGAAGAGCUCUCUUUCAUGUUCGAGGGUGAGGAGCUAGAGCUAGAGCUUGAACAUGUCAGGCGAGACGCGCGAGACGCCACCGCCAAGACUAACGAGGUCGAAAUAUGA